AUGCAAAAAACCUGGUUUGAGGCACAAAGUUUUUGCAGAAAGAAUUUCACGGACCUCGCUACAAUAGAUCACACCACCCACAAAAACAAAGUGCAGAGUUUAACACAGGACUCUGGAAGCAUUGCAUGGAUUGGGAUUUAUGACGAUCUCAGGAAAUGGACGUGGUCACAUCGCAAGGAACAUUUCAACAGCGACCAACAUUUCAACAGGCUGCAAUAUGUUGCUUUAAGAACCUCAAACACACUGGGAGCUACCAUAACUGUGAACGGGACUUGGCUUCCCCAGAUAUGGACACUGAAGCUUCCUUCUAUCUGUUAUAAGAUAUCUGACCAUGGUUCUGCUCAGUACAUAUUAGUGGAAGAUGCUUUGACGUGGCGCCAGGCUCAGAACAACUGCAGAACCAGAUACACAGACCUUGUAACCGUGACAAACUCAUCUGUGAAUAACUACAUCACUAGCCUGAUUUCAUCUUCCUCCUGGAUCGGUCUCACUAAAAGGUCUUGGAAGUGGUCUACCUGGAGCAGGAGCACCUUCACUAACUGGGACAUGGACAUUCCCUUCAAUAGCAGCACUCACUUUAAGUGUAUCCUCGUCAAUACAACCACAGGAAAGUGGUUCGAAGGUGCAUGUAAGGAUCAGUACCAUUUUAUCUGCCACUACAAUUUUAUUAAACCUGUGCCUAAAACAUCAAAAAUAACUAUGAAGUUCAAGUUCCAGUCUGAGAUAGACCUGAAUGAUCCAACUAUACAGGACCAGAUCACAAGGCAGUUGCACACUAAACUACAGAAAUAUGGGCUGCCUGAUUCGAAGCUUCACUGGGUUCAGACUGAAAAACAACGUGUUCACAAGAACACAAAGAAGAAGAUAAAAGAAGGGCCUUGUGGCUGACCAGGUCCUUCUAAGAAAUACCCCUCCUCACUGGAACACCUUAGGCCUGUUUCAGUCUUUUUCUCUCAUAUUUGAAACAGUC